UUGUUAUAUAUUAGUUAACAAAUAUGUAAAACUAUUAUAGAAAAUGUUGAUCUUCCUUCAUGGACUAGGAGAUACUGGACAAGCCUGGUCAGAUGCAUUUAAACAGUUGAAAUUAAAGAAUAUAAAAUGUGUAUGCCCUACAGCACCUGUGAUGCCAGUUACUUUGAAUGGUGGUUUCAUGAUGCCCUCAUGGUUUGACAUUGUAUCAUUGAACCCUGAUGGACAACAAGAUGUGGCUGGCAUAAACAAAGCUGUAUCAUCCUUACGUGAAUUAAUAGAAGAGGAGGAGAAGAAAGGGAUAUCGUCAGAGAACAUAAUUUUAGGUGGAUUUUCUCAAGGUGGCGCCGUUGCUCUAUAUACAGCAUUUACUCAUGAUAAACCUUUGGCAGGAAUUGUUGGACUUAGUACAUGGCUGCCAAUACAUUCAGAAUUUCCAGCAGGCCUUAAAGAAGCAAACAGAAACAUUCCAGUGUUUCAAGGUCAUGGUCGAAUCGAUCCUCUUGUGCCAUUCAAGUGGGGAGAAAUGACCAGAGAUGUACUUCAGAAAAUGACGACAAAAAUUGAUUUUAAAGAUUAUCCCAUACAACACUCAUCAUGUCCUGAGGAGAUGGAUGACGUGAAAAACUUUCUCACCUCGUUAGCGAAGGAUUGACCUUCUGUAAAACUGUAGAUUAUUUUGAAUGUAAACAUAUUUAAAGCAUGAACCAAAUGUAAUACGCACAGAUCAUUUUAAUUUUUGAACAUUGUUUACAGAAUGAAGACUUGUUUUGUUUGUAAAUAGGUUUAAAACAAAGGUUUUACUUGCUGCAAUAGCUAAAGAUUGGUUUUUUUCAUUGGUUACUACCACAUAAGAUGGAAAAGAUGUAGUUUGUUAUUUAUAAAUGAACAGUAGAAUUUGAAUAUUUUAUUUUGUUAUUUAGAUGAUUGUUUUAUGGUGUAUGAUUGCUGAUUUUAUGAGUGGAUUUUUUCAGUUGUUUUAGAGAGACAAAGGCUUUCAGUAUGGGAACAGUUAUAAGGGUCUUUUUCAUAUCACUUUGCUCAAAGUAUGGUUGGAAAAUGUCGACUGUUAGAUUUUCAGUUAGACAUCUGGACAUAUUUUGGUUGGUUAUUCUCAAAUUUACAUAUGAAUACACCAUGGACAUUCACAUGAAAUUUCAUACAUAUCUUUAUAUAUAUUGAGACAAUAUGUUAGAAAUAUUAAAGUUAUUGUGGGGAAUAUUUUGAGUUUUUGAUUUUCAGAUGUGCUUACAUUAAAAUUAGUGAAGAAGAAAAAAUGUGUAUGAAUAUAUGUGUAGUUUCCUUAUAAAAUUAUAUUUGUGUCUAUAGAAAUCUUGUAACAAUUAUAUACAUAUUUUUAUGAUGUAUAUAUUUGUGGAGAUGUUCAGAAGAGAACCAUUUUGAUUUUUUUCAUUAAGUUAUAUUUUUAUAUCUUUUGGUACUCGUCAAGCCACUCUUUAUAUUUUUUAUGAAAACUAGAAGAAGAAAAAAAAGAGUACAAUAAAACAGUAUUGCUACUAAGUUGUAAAAUAAACUUUCAUCACCAUUCAAUAUAGAUACUUAUAAUAUUAAUGUGAAGUGAAACAGUUUAGUUAUCGUAGAAAAUAGUGUUUUUUCAUGCAAGAUGUGUGCAGUAUGAAUGAACAUAUUCCUUUGGAGUAGCUAUCAUAUAUAACACACUAGGAUUAUUACCAAAAUUGAUAAAGAGUUAUCGACACGUUCUACUUAUAAUUUAUGACUGUUCAUUUCUUAAAUAGAGGAAAAAUGCAGCCCCUAAGUUAUUGAACCUGGCCGUACUGAAUAAAAGUGACGGCUGACAAAGUUUUACACUGGCUUCAUAGAUCUGUUAUUAUCAGGGCUCAAAGGGUUAAGAUGUCAAUUGCAAUAAUAGAAAGUGAUCUUGUAGAUGUAAAAAUACACAAUUCUCUACCUGCACAUAAUCUUUCUUACUGAAAUAUUUGGAAUAAGUUGUCUCCCUUUUGUUGAAGCUAUUUAUGUAAUGAAACAGAAAGAUGUUAUACUAUUUUUAAAGUCUUUUUGUAUUUUAACAUGCUUAGACUGUGCUUAUUAAAAAAAUGCUUCAUUGCUUUAAAUGUUUGGUAAAAUAAGUUUUAGUCAUAAGUUUGUAUAGGAAUCAAAAAAGUUAAUUGAUAUACUUUGAAAAGAUGUUGCAGUAAAGAAAUCUUGCAAAUUUUACCUGAUUUAGAUAUAAACAUUUUUGGUGAAAUUUGUCCGAGCAAAUGUUUUCACAAAAACUUUUUGUAAGCCACAGAUUUCAAACAAUUUGGAACGCACAGUGUAUCAGAAUUUGAACUUUAGUUUUGUUUUGGAUGCUGUGAAAUUGUUGUUGUUGUUUUU